AUGGCUGUGUCACAAUGCUGUGAGAAGUGGCGAGAGGUGGACGCGCUCGACGAGGACGAAAGGCAUACAAAAUUUUUCCCUGCAAAACGAACGACUGAAAUACGCGCCAAGUGCGGAAAACUGCCGAGUGAAAAAUCGCAGCAGGAAAAACUUCACCGAAUUUUGGGAAAUUCGCCGAAAUUUUGCAGGGAAAACUUGCAAACCGACCCGGAGAUCAGCGGGCCAGAGGAGGUCCUGCGCCGCGGCAGCGUCCGUCGCCAUGGCAACGGCGCGAUUCCGCCACACAUGCGCACAGCGAACAGGGUGUGGCCGCCACCCGGUCGCUCCCGCGGCACGGAGGGAGGGGGCGCGCGCAGGUACCGCGAGUCGGCGUUCGCGUACGCCAUCUCGGCGGCCGGGGUGGCGCACGCGGUGGCGCGUGCCUGCAGCCUGGGACGCCUGCUCGAGUGCGCAUGCGCCGCGCCGGGCGGCCGGCGCCGAGGCGGGAGGCGGCGCGGGGGCGGCGGCGGCGGCGGAGGCGGCGGGGGCGGCGGCGGCGGCGGCGGCCGGGGGCGGCUGGGCGGCGCGGCCACCAGCCAGUGGCAGUGGGGCGGCUGCUCGCACAACAUCGACUUCGGCGUCCGCUUCUCGCGGCUCUUCCUCGACGUGAGGGAGCGCGCGGGCGACCUGCAGUCGCGCAUCAACCUGCACAACAACCAGGCCGGCCGCCUCGCGCUGUCGAGCAACACGGUGCUGCGCUGCAAGUGCCACGGCAUGUCGGGCAGCUGCGAGCUGAAGACGUGCUGGCGCGCCGUGCCCGACUUCCGGCGAGUCGGCGACGCGCUCAUGGCGCGCUUCCGCACCGCAGUCCUCGUCGACCAGUCCAACCUGGGCAGCGGUUCUCCUCUCACGAUCGCCGAAGACAACACGAGACGGCCGUCGUCCGCUGAGCGGAGCGACGAGGCGAAACCGGGGGCGGCGGGUGGCCGCGGCGGCGGGGGUGGCAGGUCGCGGGGGCGGCGGAAGCGUCGGCGGAGGCGGCGCAAGUUCCCGGCGCUGGGCGAGCUGUCGCGCGACCUGCUCUACUACCAGCGGUCGCCCACCUUCUGCGAGCGCGACCCCUCCGUCGACUUCCCGGGCACGGUGGGCCGGCGCUGCAACCGCACCUCGACGGGAACCGACAGCUGCGCCUCGCUGUGCUGCGGCCGCGGCUACGACGUCUUCCGGCAGCGGCGCGUCGACCGCUGCCACUGCCGCUUCCACUGGUGCUGCCGCGUAGCCUGCCAGAACUGCACCAUCGAGGAGUGGGUCACCGUCUGCAAGUGACGCCGCGCCGGAGUCCCACCCGUCUCUGCUGACCGCAGUCCCUGCAGCGCACGCUGCGAGGUCGUCGUGUGUGACGCGACGCCGCCUCUGACGGUACUCGCCCCACUGCGAACCGAGCGUGUCCGAGAGCCGCUCGACAAUCCACAAGAAGAACGCGUCUUGUCGCACUAAUUAGAGGGGUACUUCCCACGCAAAGGCCCUUUCUUAAAUACAUACAAUGUAUUCGAGAUCUUCACUGAUUAUCUAACGUGCUCACCGUCACGUUUCUCCGUAGGCAAAUCCUCACAUCUGCUUUCCACAGGUUUCUAAUAAUUCAGAGACGCGCGAUGCAUUAACGUUCUAAUACCCUUUCGAAGCAGGUAACUUACUUCUCAGCCGCAUGGCUAGGAAUGUGUGGAUUAUUCCUUAAGUGUUACCAUUCAAUUUGAUAAGAAAAACGCAGAGUAAAGCAACAACGGCGAAUAAAUCACAACUUUCCAAUGAAAACCAAAACCAAAACACGGUCGCUCAGUGGCUAGCGUAACAUAAAAUUUCGUACAGCAUGUACCCAAGCCACCACGUUUGUUGAAACAUUUCGAAGUGUGUGCAUAGAUCUCGGUGUCGGAUAGGAACACGUUCAGCACCAUACUAAUGUGUCAAAAAUUAUGUAUUGUGAUCUUUUAGCUUUCUUCGCGAAAAUAACGACUAUCAUGUCUAUGUGAUUAUCAGCCGGCUUGAUGUUCCCAUUUUCCUUCCACGAUAUUUCGAAAACAUCCCUAUUUGAAUGCGUCAGGUGUUAGAUGCAGAAGUGGUUGAACGAAAACUGUUAACUGGGAUGCCCUCUGGCAAUUUAUUUUAUGAAUACCAGAAGUAAUUAGCCUCAUCGUGGCAGUAAAUGGCGUGCACAGAAUUAAAGUCAGGACUUCGUCGCUUUACCACCGUAAUACUUGACUGGUGACGUACAUUAUCCAAACGUAGCUUUGUAGACGUCACACAAGAUUUCUCUGAUGUCUUCUGAGGACCUACAUUUUUCUACUUCAGAUGAGCGACAGACGGAAAGUAACGUGUCUAAUCUCUUACAAAAUAAUUUUUCCGUAUCUUAAAACGGCGUGAGACACCUAUAGUGUGAUACUAAUGACAAAUUCUAUACACGAAUGUUCGAAUAUUGACUUCUUGUGUUAGUCUCUCACCUGAAUGUCCUUGCUUAUAUGUAAACCCAUGAUACGUCCGUCCACUUGCGUAAAAAUAAUGGUAGUCAUCCGUAAUGGUCAACCACAUCGCUAAUUAGCUGUAACAGCUUACCAUCGUAUCCUGCAGGUGUGAGGAAAACUUUCAUUUUAUUAACGUCAGUAUUAAUACUUUUUAGUUUUAAUUCAUCAGUGUGUACUGGUUCCUUUCUUAUCACUCCACCCUCUCCCACAAACAGGUCAUUAUCAGCUACUUUCCACGAUCUUUUGCGUCCGCCUCUCGCUGCUUACUUCCAAAAAAGACUAACUUCAGAAUAAACACUUUAUAAUGUGCACUUGGAGCGAAAAUAAUUAUAUUGUAGUAAUUUUUGGACGGAGGUGAAUAUAAUACCAAAGAUGCAAGUUUCAUCACAGAAAGUGGUAACACUAAAAAAUACAUCACUUACGAAAACUAAGCACUACUUUAGCGAGAAAUCAAUAUACAUAGGUCAAACAGAAGAAACUGUCUGCCGUGAACAGUGGUUCCGAAUGACUCUAUUAUUCUAUGUUUACAACAAAAAAGUCUAUAAUCGCAAGUGAUAAUGAUGAGCUUACUGUAGAGGAAUUUUCCCCAGUUGUACUGUCUUGGUGUUUCACUUCUUUGUGAAGUUGAUGAAUACAUCCUCCAACUAUGAACCUAAUAGGGAGCGCGAAGAAUACUUAGUACGACAGAUUUUGUCGUAGGACACGUGUGAAUUAGCUCUGUGCGUUAUUCUUCCCAACGAGGUCCUUCACUCCAAACCACUUGCGGGUGGGAACCAGAAACAUAUUGGGCGUAUAAUUCUGUAAUGUAAUCAUAGACGUGAAUUUUACCCCAUUAAAUCAACAACUGCCAAACAAAUAGACUUGUACAAACUUAUCCACGUCUGAAUACCUAUUCCGUACAGACACAAAGUGAACUAUGUAUAGGUAUCAUGGAGUCCUUGGUUAUUUUCCUGUUUUUAUAACUGAAAUACAUUUUAGAGGGGCAUAUUUCCCUGGUUUUCUGAAUUGUCCGUAGUCUCAUUACUACCAGUGCUCUGCUGUCACUUUCAGGACUUAGUUGUUUUACGACGUUAAUACGGUAAUGUCAUAGACAUCGCAGAAGAUUUCCUUCAUGUCCUCUGAGCACCGACAUCAUAGUAAUAAUUAAGAUUCAAAUGGAAAGAGACGUACUUUACGUCUUACAACACAAUUUUUCUAUAGUGCCAGUUGUAAUGAGAACACAACGCUUAGCGAGUUCAAUAUUAACCAGAAGGACAUGGGUGAAGACAUUUUCAGUAUAAAUAAAAAUACUAAAGUUUAUACCUACAUAGAAGGCGGGUGAAGAAAGAGCAUGUUACUUUCGUUACACUAGUGUAAUUUCGAUGUUAGGAAGAACUCCGCUAACAGCUGGUAAAAUUGUUGUUUAUUAUAACAUAAUCGGUUUCGCAGCUUUAAGCCGCUUCAUCAGGUGCAACAAUGUUAAAAGAUCAUAGACAUAACUAUCGCUCCCAAGCCUUCUUUGCCUUUCGCUCGCCAAGGUGUUUACGAUAUUCUUUAGACAGUAAAUUUUGACUAUGAGCGAUGGGUAUGCCUAUGAUCUUUUAACGUUGUUGGCCGUAAUGAUGAGGCUUUAAGCCGGAAACCAUUUGUUUUUAAUAAACACCUACAACAAUUGUACCUGCUGUUAGCGGAGUUCUUCCCAACAUCAUAGAUGGGGUGUGGUGCCUUAGUUACUAGUUUGGACAGCUACGAUCUGUAAACUGUAAAACGGUAUUUCUUCAGAGCAAAGGAAAUCCAUGAUUCGCUGUGUUCCAUCAUAUUCGAUGUAUAUUCGCACAG